CACUGGAUGGAAGUUUAUGUGGUUCAGAGGCUCUCAGCCGUUACAACCUCUGACUCCUGAAGAUACGAACACCAACACACUCAGUAUAACAGCGUCUGAUACAGCAGAGUAUCAGUGUUCAGCACUCAGAGGAGAAAACUUCAAUACAGACCUCAGUGAUCCAGUCAAGAUUACAGUAAAAACAGGUCCUUUAAACAUAGGACUGGCAGUGGGAUCCAGUUUGUUCAUUUUGAUCAUUAUCAUACUGGGUCUGUUUUGGUGUUACAAGAAGAACAAAGGUGGAGGAAAUCCGGGGCUGCCUGCUAAUCAGCAGAACACCAGUCAGAAACAGAAUGUCGCUGGGCCUGGGGACUCAGUAUCAAUACCACUUCAGUCUGAUGAUUCUGCAACCCAGCCUAGUGAUGUAACUUACGCACAAGUUACGACUACUAUAAAGAAGCCCAGAAGAAAUGAUGCAGUAACAAGUUCAAAUGAUGUCACAUAUUCUGAAAUUGCAAUGAAAAACAUGAAACAUCAAAAUAAAGGUGAACCCAGUGAUGUGACAUAUGCUGAAAUUGAUCUGAAACCCAAGGAGAAGAAAGCAUCUAAAGGCAAGACCACUGCAGAUACUGAUCAGGAAACCAUCUACUCAAAACUGAAGUAGAGUUCAGACAAAGGCCAAUGAAGAAAAGCUGGGUUUACUCCUGACUGGGGCUUUAUAGAAGAGGCAUUUGAACAUAUUUACACAUUUUUUAAAUUCGCUUUAACUCUUUAGCUUUAAUACAGAUGAACUCAACAUAAGUCGUUGAGUUAAGGCCAUUCCGAUUGGUGGAUAUAUUUUGAGACCAUUUUUACCUUUAUCAUGAGUUCAGUCAUUAACAUAAUUGUGUGUUUAUUUUAUCUUUACCAGUUUAACCAUUAUCAUGAGUUAAGUGUUUACCAUUAUCUCAUAUUUACCAUUUUAACCUUUGAGUUCAGUUAUUAUUAACCUUUGCCAUGAGUUUAGUUAUAAUUGUCUGUUUGUUUAUUAAUAUUAACCAUUAUCUCAGUUAUCUUUACUAUUUUAACCAUUAUAAGAAGUUCAGUUGUCAGUUAUUAAUCUGUAUAGUAAGCUGAUAUAUUACAUUUUUUGAGUUCAUUAUUGACCAUUACUUUUACCUUAGUCAUUAACAGUGAUGGUAUAGUUACUUUGAAAAAGUAAUCCGAUUACUG